AUGUAUCUAUCUAGUUAUCUCUAUAUUUGCUUUCAAUUUUCUCCUUCGUCUCUUAUUUUCUUUUCAUUGUUUUUUUUUUCUUUUGUUUUCUCUUUAUCCCCUUCCAUUUCUCUGAUAUUUUUUUCAUCUAACGCAUUUUUCCUUCUCUCUCUUUUCUCACUAUUGGUUGUUUUCUUUCUUUCAUUACUCUUUUAUUAUGCUUCUCCUCCUUCCCUCUCUUCUUCCUCUUCUUUUUUUGUUUUUAAUUCUCUUCGGAUUUUACCUUUCUUUAUCUUUUCAGUUUCUUUCUACGCUUUAAUUUUUCUUUCUCCCUUUUUACUUUCAUUUCUCUUUCUUUUCAUUUUUUUAUUGCAUCAUUUUGAUCUAUUUUUUCUUGAAUUUUUAUUUGCUUCUUUUUCUCUCUUACUCUAUUUCCUUCUACUAUCUUUCUUCUUUCUUUCUUUGAUUCUUUCAAUUAUUUUUUUCUUUUUUUCCUUUUCUUCGCUUCCUUUGUUUUUCUUUUUCUAUUAUAUACUUGCUUUUUCUCUAUUUCAUAUUUUCAUUCUUAAUUUUUGCUUCACUUUCUUCUCAGUGCUCUUUCUUUACUUACAGCGUUUGCCAACCACAAACCUACUGUUCCUUGUUUUUAUAUAUGACUUCUCACUUUAG